UGGCUGGAGAACUCUGAUUAAUAGGACUGCCCAGCUACUGAAGAAGAGUGAAUUGAGGAGGGCUGAGGCACUCAUUCUUUAGACUGUUUUUACCUAUAGUUUGUUUCCACACUGCUGGAGACCUGGGGUUUCUUCUUUUCUAUGGUGUUAGCUGUCUCAGAAAGCUCCCAUGCUCACCAGGCUCUAGGUGGCUAAGUAUAUAUUUCACCCACACGUCCCCUUGUCCCUGGCCACUUCUAGAGGUCAAGUCCCUAUCUGGAAGCCAGAAAGGCUGUGUAUCAGACCAACUAGUAAUGGACCGCCUAGAGCAGCGGUCACCAAUGGGUGGUCUGUGGACCACUGGCGGUCCGUGAGGCCCAAAAGGUUGGUGACCACUGGCCUAGAGUUCCAGCAGGGCAGAGUGCAGGAACUGAGCAGCCACCAUGUUCAUCUGAACAAUCACCCAGUUCCUCAGGGCAUCAUGCCCUCCCCAUCACAGGCUGCUGUGGCUCACCUCUGUCUGAGAAUGCCCCUGAGUCCAGUGUGGUGUUUGAAGUGUUGAUCAUCCUCUCCUUGAAAGUUACGAUUUCUCCCUCUCGCUGCUCAGCCAUAUCCUCAUUCAGCCUCACAAAGUGAACAGCCAGCUGGCCCCCAGACUGUCAAGGCCCAGACCACCUGGACUGACUUCGUCUCAUGGAGCCUCAGGGUGAGAAGCCAGGAGAGGCCGAAGGGGUGCGCAUCACCUCCCAGAUGCUCAAGUCUUGCUCGGGCGAGUUUGCCCUGGAGUCCAUCCUGCUGCUGAAGCUACGAGGCCUGGGACUGGUGGACCUCGGCUGCCUGGGAGAGUGCCUGGGUCUCGAGUGGCUGGAUCUGUCUGGCAACGCGCUCACCCAGCUGGGCCCCCUGGCCUCCUUGCGCCAGCUGGCCGUUCUCAAUGUCGCCAACAAUCGGCUCACAGGGCUGGAGCCACUGGCUGCCUGCGAGAACCUGCAGAGUCUCAAUGUUGCAGGCAACCUGCUGGCCGCCCCCAGCCAGCUGCAGUGUCUGGCGGGGCUGCGGGGCCUGGAGUACCUGCGGCUCCGGGACCCUUUGGCCCGGCUCAGCAACCCUCUCUGCGCCAGUCCCUCCUACUGGACGGUGGUCCGAGAGCUGCUGCCAGGCCUGAAGGUCAUCGACAGUGAGCGUGUGACUGGGCGUGGCAGUGAAUUUUACCAGCUGUGUCGGGACCUGGACUGCUCCUUACAGCCCAGCUCCAGCCCAGGCCCCAGCACCACUGAGGCCCAGCCCUGGGUGGAGCCAGGGUACUGGGAGUCCUGGCCGCCCCGGAGCAGUUCCAUCCUGGAGGAGGCCUGCCGGCAGUUCCAGGACACGGUGCAGGAGUGCAGAGACCUGGACCGCCAGGCCGCUGACAGCCUGGCCCAGGCCGAGGAGCUACUCAGUCCUGCGGGUACCGCCUCAUCCUUUGUCUUCUAAUGGUGUCCCAUGGCCCUGGACAGUGUGGCAUAAGGGCAUGGGGUCGGCACAGUGUGACCCAGCAGCCCACAUCUCCCCUCCUGCCUCUGCACUUGUCUUCACUGUUUCAUCACGCUGGUCACUGUCCCUGCAAACUGCGCUAUUCAUUUAUCCCUGUUCCUAGGAGCAGACCCCCUCCCUCCCAUUCCUACCUCAAGAAAAUCCCUGUGUUCUUCAGGGAAGCACUUCUCCGGGGCUUCAAGCAGGUGUGAGGACCCUCCAUUAGCAGCUGGCACUGUGUGUAUGUCCUGCCACCUAUGCCAUACGCCUGGGGAGGAGGGUCCAGGCCUUUGUCUGCCACUCCUGGCUGCUCAGGCCUCAGACUGGUGGAAGAAAGCUGCUACUCCCUAAGAGUAAAGGUGGCAAAGGAAGGGAUGGAGUGCCCCCCAUCCCAGUGGUCCUGGAAAUAGGUAUGAGCAGAGCACAGAGCAUGGACGCUGGCAUUUUCCCCUUUCCAGAUGUGCCUACCCGCCCGUCCCGUGUCUCCAGGGAGCCUUCACUGCCCAUUCUAAGCCCUAUUAAAUAUUUCUGUUUUAA